AGUGCGACGGCGCAGGUCUGCAACAUGGCGGCCCGGCUUGUGAGCCGUUGCGGGGCUGUGCGUGCAGCUCCCCACAGCGGCCCGCUGGUGUCCUGCCGCAGGUGGUCCUGCGCCUCAACAGACACCGUGUAUGACGUGGUGGUGUCGGGUGGAGGCCUGGUGGGCGCUGCCAUGGCCUGUGCCUUGGGAUAUCAUAUCCACUUUCAUGACAAGAAAAUCCUGUUGCUAGAAGCAGGUCCAAAGAAAGUAUUGAAGAACUUGUCAGAAACUUACAGCAACAGGGUCAGCUCCAUUUCCCCUGGCUCUGCAACGCUUCUCAGUAGUUUUGGUGCCUGGGACCAUAUCUGCAACAUGAGAUACAGAGCCUUUCGGCGGAUGCAGGUGUGGGACGCCUGCUCAGAGGCCCUGAUAAUGUUUGAUAAGGAUAAUUUAGAUGAUAUGGGCUAUAUCGUGGAGAAUGAUGUCAUCAUGCAUGCUCUCGCUAAGCAGCUGGAGGCUGUGUCUGACCGAGUGACGGUUCUCUACAGGAGCAAAGCCAUUCGCUAUACCUGGCCUUGUCCAUUUCCUAUGGCCGACUCCAGCCCUUGGGUUCAUAUUACCCUAGGUGAUGGCAGCACCUUCCAGACCAAAUUGUUGAUAGGUGCAGAUGGUCACAACUCCGGAGUACGGCAGGCUGCUGGAAUCCAGAAUGUGAGCUGGAACUAUGACCAGUCUGCUGUUGUGGCUACUCUGCAUUUAUCAGAGGCCACAGAAAACAACGUAGCCUGGCAGAGAUUUCUUCCCUCUGGGCCUAUUGCUCUGCUCCCGCUCUCAGACACCUUGAGUUCCUUGGUUUGGUCCACGUCCCAUGAACAUGCAGCAGAGCUAGUUAGCAUGGAUGAGGAAAAAUUUGUGGAUGCCGUUAACUCUGCCUUUUGGAGUGAUGCUGACCACACGGACUUCAUCGACACAGCUGGUGCCAUGCUGCAGUAUGCUGUCGGCCUUCUGAAGCCCACUAAGGUCUCGGCUCGCCAGCUGCCCCCAAGCGUAGCCAGGGUGGAUGCCAAAAGCCGAGUUCUGUUUCCUCUUGGGUUGGGACAUGCUGCUGAGUAUGUCAGGCCUCGGGUGGCACUCAUUGGGGAUGCAGCCCACAGAGUCCAUCCGCUUGCAGGACAGGGUGUCAACAUGGGCUUUGGGGAUAUCUCCAGCUUGGCCCAUCACCUCAGUACGGCAGCCUUCAAUGGGAAGGACUUAGGUUCCAUGAGCCACCUCACAGGUUAUGAAACAGAAAGACAGCGUCACAACACUGCUCUUCUGGCUGCUACAGACUUACUAAAAAGGCUCUAUUCUACCAGUGCCUCCCCGCUUGUGUUGCUCAGGACGUGGGGCUUGCAGGCCACAAAUGCAGCGUCUCCACUCAAAGAACAGAUUAUGGCCUUUGCAAGCAAAUGAGUACUCCUCUCCUAAAGAUUGUUGACGAAAAAGAACAUCCUGCCCAGGACCCAUCAUACAUAUUUUCAAGAUCUUAUUUAAUUUAAUAAACUUAAUUUACAUUAA